UGCAACCACUCGGUGCCCGGAUGUUGGCUAUUCAGAGAGAAAGACGAACGAGCGCGAGAGAGACAGAGAGGCGAAGAGACGUCACGGACAAACCGGUAAAGGGAUUGCGGGUCUCCAACCCUCGACAAACACGCAGAGCUGAGGCUUAUUUCGAGAAGAGAAAGGGAGCUGUGAUCGAAUAAAGGAAGUGGAGGGGACGGCUGACUUUGACAGACCUGGACUGGCCUCCAGCAGCUGACACAAGCCCGGGUUUCAUUUUGUGUGAUAUCAACAAAACACUGAUCUGAGGGAGCCCCUGCAUUCUAAGUGCACCAGAUCACCACUCCUCCUCCGCCCCCUCGUGCUACUCCUCUCCAGACCCCCUUGACCUGCCACCAUGACGUCGGAGCUGGAGAGCAGCUUGACCUCCAUGGACUGGCUGCCACAGCUGACCAUGCGGGCUGCCAUUCAGAAGGCAGACGGCCAGAAUGCUCAUGGGCCGGGCAUGGCUAAGAAGAGCGCCCUGCUGGACCCCAACACAACACUGGACCAGGAAGAGGUGCAGCAGCACAAGGACGGCAAACCACCAUACAGCUACGCCAGCCUAAUCACGUUCGCCAUCAAUAGCUCUCCAAAGAAAAAAAUGACACUGAGCGAGAUCUACCAGUGGAUCUGUGACAAUUUCCCCUAUUACAGGGAAGCUGGCAGCGGAUGGAAGUGCAGCCUCUCUCACCACCAUCUUGGUCUCAUUCCACGCUACUCAUCGUCUCGUAAUUCAAUACGGCACAAUCUUUCGUUGAACAAGUGUUUUCUCAAAGUGCCUCGCUCCAAAGAUGACCCAGGAAAGGGUUCGUACUGGGCAAUCGACACAAAUCCAAAGGAGGACACGCUUCCUACACGGCCCAAGAAGAGGCCACGGUCUGGAGAGCGGGCAUCCACACCGUACAGCCUGGAGUCAGAUAACUUGGGAAUGGACUGCAUCAUCUCUGGAAGUGCCUCUCCAACGCUGGCAAUCAACACUGUGACUAACAAGGUGGCACUGUAUAACCCUGACCAGGAUGGGAGUGACAGCCCUCGAAGCAGCCUUAACAAUAGCCUGUCUGACCAGAGUCUGGCCUCUGUUAAUCUCAACAGUGUGGGCAGUGUGCACAGCUACACACCGGUGACAAGUCAUCCAGAGCCGGUGUCCCAACCCAUGAGCUUGCAGCAGCCCCCUCAGGCCCAGUACAAUAUACCAGACCGCGACAAGCAGCUGCUCUUUUCUGACUUUGAAGAUCUCAGUGCCUCCUUCCGCAGCCUUUACAAGACUGUGUUUGAGCAGUCCUACAACCAACAGGGUCUGAUGGGUAUGCCGUCGGAGUCCUCCCAGCAGACCCACACCUCCUGCUCUUACCAACACUCCCCCAGCAGCACCAUCAGCACACACCCUCUCAACAACCAGAACAGCAUCACUAACUCUCACAACAACAUCCACAACAGCGGCAGCCAGGUGCCUCUGUCCCACCCCCCUCACUCCGCCCACAACUCGCCUCACGGACAGCACCUCUCCCAGCAUGGCCCUCAUACCCAGCACAGCCAGCACCCGCACACAGCGCACAGCCAACACCCACAGCAUACCCAGCACAGCCAGCACGGACAGCAUCCCUCCCAGCAUCAGGCCCACGGCCAGCACACAGCACAGCAACAACAGCAACACCAGAAUCUUUCUCACCAGACCCAUCCUGCCCAGCAACAGAUGCAGUGCAACGCCGGUCUUCCCAGUGACUGGUAUCCCAACCUGGAUGCACUAAAAGAAAGCUGCCGUAUUGCCAGCAGCUACAACUGGGCUGAUGUGGAUCUGUCACCUUUCCAAGGUUUAAAAGAGAGCAUGAGGCAGGCGGAGCUGAAUAACUGGUCUCUGGAGCCCACUCAGAUGGCAGACUUAUGCUCCUCCAUUAAUCAGUUCUUUGCUCGCACUGGAAUCCAGCCACAGGGGGCAGUGCAGCCUCCAGUGUGCCACGGCUCUAUGCAUCCAAACAAGCCCAGCUCACACAUUAAUACAGGAAACAUGUACAUGGACACGAGACAGAGCUUGAGUUCUAUGAUGGGUCCUCCAGGAUACCCCCAUAUGCCCCCCAUGAGCAGUGCUGGCCCCACUAUGACAGGCCAUCACACUCAGAUGAACCAGCAGCAUAUGAUGCCUACUGGAAACUUCCAGAUGCGCCGUAUGCCCGCCGACGACAUCCAGGAUGACUUCGACUGGGACUCCAUUGUCUAACCCAGUCCCUGUGCGCAAGGAGUGGUGCAGACAAACGAGAGAAGAGCGUAUGGAGGCAGAGUGUUUGUGUUACAGAACAAGAGGGCUGGACCUGUGGUGUCUGCAUGCCCGUGACAGAAGGCAGAUUGUAACGGGACACUUAAAAAUAGUGCAAGUGUUGUUCAUUGUGACCUGAAAGAGACUCCUGUGUUCCUGGUGUUUUUAAGAAACAAAACAAACAAAAAAAUAUUACUUUGAAGACAAUCACAUUUACUAGGACAUGUUUAAGUGAUCGCUUUUAUACUUGCCCAAGGUGCAAGUGGUUCGUGUUUAUGUCAAAAUGUCUCCCGACCCACAGCCUCACUGCAAGCCCGCUCAAUUGCCAAGCUCUUCCCUGCUCUUCAACUGAUGUUCUGUGAUUUUUGAGUGAUCUGUCUGGCUUGUUCUCCCAUGUCAUGGUGACUAACUCAGGCCUUGACUGCCUAUCAGACGAGAUUGUCUCUCAUUUGUGUCUUGAAACUUCCUCUGAGAUGCAAAGCACUUUUCUGAAGAAUAAGGCGACUGUGCAGGUGACAUAGUUUGACACUCAAAGCACCUGAUGUUGCGUUUCAGGUGGUCGUUCAGGUGGACCGUUCAGGCACAAGUAGCCAUCGAGAGGGAAUUUUGCUCCUUUGACCCUACACUGUAAUAUGUAGAAAAGUUGCCAUGCAUCUGAAUCAGAUUCUAGCAGAAUAUCAUUGCUCAUAACAAGGCGUGUAAACCACAUUACCUGCAGUAUUUGUACUUGUGUAUCUUUGCUGUCUGAAGUGUAACAUGUUUUUGUCACUAAUAGUUUUAGGAACGUUUGAACGCGUGUGUCAGGAAGUGACAUUGAUCCAAACCUCACUAUUUUAGGUUUCUCUUUGAUCAUCACUAUACGUUUGCAUGUACAAUCCUCAUUCUUUGUCCUGUAGUCUCCCGGUUGGACUGCACUACUUAGUUUAGGUUCAUUUAAUGCCCUCAGGACGUGCCACUUAAAAUUAAAUGCAUUGUUUAGGAGCGAUAGCUUUUCUGAUUGGAGGUUUGUGGGAUACUGGAGCGCCCUGUUCAUGUUGCAAAACCAAACUGCUGUGUGCAUCUUUAGAGCAGUAUUGAGGAGGAGAUAAAUUUCAUGUCAAGGCGCAUUUGCUUAAUGGUCCGCAAUAAAACAGCACUCUUUAUUUUAACCCCAGGACCAACCAACAUGAAAUUGCUUGCUCUUUGCUGCACUGACAAGGACUUCUGCAGAGAGAAUACCUUCACUUUAGCAAUUACUUUUUGGAAAGUAAAUGGUGGAUGGAGUGAAAUGUUGAGAAAAAGGAAAUGACUAAAAUGGUAAGAUUCACUAAUAGUCAUGUACUCAUUGCUACUAGUGACUGCUCUAUCAAUUCAAGUGUGUAGUACUCUUAAGCAAGACACGUAUCUGUAACUAGCAUACUACCAUCAUCUAUCCAUCCAUCUUCUAAAGCCGCUUGUCCUAUGUAGGGUCGUGGGUAGUGCUGGAACCUAUCCCAGCUGUCCCGGGCCAAAGGCAGGGAAACACCCUGGAGAGGUGGCCAAUCCAUCAUAGGGCAUACUACCAUCAAAAGUUUUAAAACUUUGGUUGCUCAAUGACAACAAACUUGACUAACCAUACCAUGAUCUUUUUAUGAUAUCAGCUGAUUAGAAAGGAUAAGGGCUGUCAGUGAUCACAAUCAUCUCUUUUAAAGAGCACAAAAACUAAUGCACAAGAGUGUAAGAUCUAGAUCUAGAAUAUAGGAUCCCAGAUUAGACACAGAUAAAGGUGUUUAACUUCUUCAGGGUAUUUAUCAGUGAGAAGAAGCACUUUGAUUAGGCCAAAUGUUAGUGUGCUGGGAAAUAUUGGAGAGGUUUCAGAAAAGUCAGCAUAAAAUGUGCAGUGAAGAUGAAAAGGGAAGGAGUGCACCUGUUUUUUCAUAGCUUGACAGUUUACGCUUCCAGUUUACUGUGUUUUAUACAUUACUUUCCUCCAACCCUGUGCUGGGUCAUCUUUUCUUUCAUUACUUUUAAUUUUUAUGCUUUGUGUUUAGUUAUUGAUGAAAUUGUAAGUAAAACAAUCUAAUAACAAUAAUUAUUAUUUAUUUUAUUUUUUUUUUCAGUAUUAUAAAAAGUGUUUUAGUCAUUACUAUGUAUUGGCAUAUGAUCCCUAACCUUAAUGGUUUAUAUCAUAUAUGUCCUUAUAGUACGAAAUGGUUGAAUCUCAAGAAAACGUGUCCAGGUCACAUCACCCCAAAAGAAAAAAAUUUAUAACUUAUAUUCUGCAAAAAGAAAAAUGAAGCCAAAUUUUAGGACCAAUAAGAUUUCCAUUUUCCUUUGUGAUUUUCUUGACAAUUAAGCAAACUUUCUUCCCAAAUUCUCAUUGCCUUCUUUACUCUUAAGAUUAUUGUCAUUCCCAUUAUUAUCAGUGAUUUGUUAUUUAGAUUCAUUAUACAAAUGAUUAGAUUUGCUUUACUUCUAAUACAGUACUUUUUUACAGUAUUACAGUAAACAAUACUGUAAUUUCUUAUGACUGUAUACAUUUAAAGUCAGUACAAAUGUACAAGUACAUAAAAUGUAAAUAAAAUAUCAUUAUUCAUGAUGGUGCAAAACAUCUUAGGCUAUGUCCAUAUUAAUCCGGAUACAUCAAAAUGAUCUCCAUCCACACUGCUGUUUUCAAGUUUUGUCCCAAAAGUUUCUCGUCCACAUUGAAAAAUAUAAAAACUUUUAAAUCACCUUACAGUGCAUGCAAAAAAUCUCAGUUUCAUGUACGGUCUGAAAUGCAGUUGUCCUUGUGUUCCGUCACUGGACAGCAAUUCCGAGUAAACUUCCCGUCGCCUUCAACAACAACGGUGCUACAACAUAGGCUGCCAUCUUGCUUGUUUUGGGUUGAAUGAAUCACAUGACUGCGUCACAUGACAACAAAUACUUAAUCGUUUUCCUGUCCACAUUUAUCAACUUGGGAAAGCGUUUUCAAAAAGCUCAGUUUUCGCUGGACAAAAACUCUGUCUCAGUGUGAAUGGAAGGCCAAAAUGUAUAGAAAAAGAUGCGUUUUCAAACGAAAACAUAUUAGUGUGGGUGUGACCUUAAACUAGGCUCCACAUUCUUUAAGCUAAAUAUAACUUUUCUUUUGAUUUUGGGGUGUAAUGUGCAACAGGGCCACACGGGAAAUUAGCAUGUUGCUUCCAAAUGUUUCAGUACCCUGACAUCAGCCAUUUUGGCAUAAGUUCAAGUUUGUAAAUCAUCUGAGGUGCAACCAUUGGUGCAUUGCGUCAGCAACGUGGGAGACCUGGGUUCUCGUCCUGCAUUGAAACCAGGAAAUUAUCACAUUUGCAUAAUCGGUGGAGUUUCGAUUUUCCCUCUAAGAAUACAUUUUUACUCCACUGAUGUUUAGGUUUAGGGCCGGGGUUUGGUUUUGGUGGGUAGAGUUAAUACAAUAUGCAUUCCUCUUCACUGUAUAACAUCAUUUACAACUCUCUUUACAACUCACUUUUGGCGCCCCUCUGUGGGCAUUUCACAUUUCUUUACGUUUAAAAACACUUCCCGCUUCGGGCAGUGCUUCAAAUUUUGGUAAGCACAGACCAUGUUUAGCUCAAAAAAUGUCACUGUUAGAUCAGUCUGAAAUGUGACCUAGACAGGUUGUGUGUGAUUCAACCAAAAUAAGAUUUUGAUGGUUAGGGAACCCAGUCAAGCCCUUUUUAUGUUCAUGACAUUUCUGCCUGAUUCUUCACUGAAUCCUUUCCACUUUUCAGCUGUUCAUAACCAUUCAACAUCGUACUGAAGCUGAACAUCACCCGGAAACCAAACUUUGCUGCAAAUGUAAUAAACAAUGAUGCUGAAUUUUUGUGACCAUUCAAAUUGCCUGGUCCUACAAAAGAAAAAGGUCACACAACUGUUAUCUGCUUUACCCCCAACCGAUUGUUCAAUGUCUAUUCUCAAGCCUGCUUUGGCUCUCUACAUCCUUUUUGUCCCUUUCCUCCAUUUUUUAUGUCUAGUGUUUUGUUUUGGAUACUGUUAAAGUGUUCGCAAGCAUUGUGAAACUAGCCUCAGUGUUUUUGUCAUACAAGGAGCUUUCAGACUGCAAACUGGUCAUUUGUGCACUUUGAGAAGAAUUAAGCACAAGCGCUCAUGUUGUUCAUUAACUAAUGGAUCUCGGCACGUUCACUCUCUGUUGAGUGAAAGUUUAGCAUUGAUCCACCCUCGUUGUGAACUUUGAUACCAUACUGUGGUGUACACAUUCUGUCAUAGUUUGUCACGAUAUUGACCUCAGAAGGACUGUCCGUUUUUAGUUGGAAAUAUUUAGUAUUGCCAAUCUAUUUGUGGUAGUGAUGUGUUUGGAUCUCAUGUUUGCCAAAGAGAGUACAUUUAAUUUUAAAUAUUUAAGGUAGCAGGUAAUUGGCGUCCUUCCCUGGUGAAGGGAAACGUAAGUCUCAAGAGAAAGCUUAUGGGAGUGCAAGAGAAUAUGAGCUGGAGAGAUGACAGUUCUCUCUUUUCCUUUUUCUCAAAAAAGAAAAAUGAAACAUUUGCUCCUUAGAUUUUGUGUUCGUGUUGUGUGAAAGUUAUAAAUGUUUAAAGACAGCUCAGUUUUCGUAAAACAAAAUAAAAUGAAAAAAGAAAGAAAAACAAGUGAAGAUGCAUCUGCCAGAGAGAUUACAGUAAUAGAGGAAGAUUCGAGAAGCCUUGUUACAUUUACGGGAGAAAACUGCCAACAAGUUCUGGUAUUCGGAGCCUAUUUUAUUCAUUGUUGGUGUGUUGUGCUUAUUGUAAAUAUAUGUCUUUUUCAAUCGUCCUUUUUUCCUCUGGGGUGGUGAGGGAUCAAGGCGAGGGCUCGGGGUUCACCUGCAAAAGAAAAGAGGGAGAUGAAUACAGAGUAUUUUGUUAUUGUCCAAUCCAAGGGUGACUCAGUAUGUAUAUAUCUAUAUUGUAUAUAUGUGUUGAAAAUGCAUUGGCUUUUUGUGUGACACUACCUUUUACCUGUACUAUGGUUCAACAUUCAGUGUUUCAAUGUUUAUAUUCUAUUUUAAUCUUUGUUUUCUGUUUGAUUUUGUCCUGGUCAUUACUUGUAUUUGUUGUUUCCUUUAUUUUCCCCUUUUUGUCCUUUUUUUUGUUAUUGCACGGUUCAUUACUUUUGCUGUCCAGUAAGAUGACACGGCUUCUCUUUGUAUUGGUUUUAGUGCUGUAAAAUAACUGAAGUGUCAUUAAGAUUGUCAGUACCACCCCAAGAUUGUCAAUACCACCCCUUCCCCCGAUAUGCAUGAAUGGCACUUAAAGAAAUAAAAUAUGUUAACUUCACU